GAAUGGUGGAAAGUUAAAAGUUGAAAGUCGAAAGUCGAAAGUUACGAAUACGAAUGAACAUAUUUGACACAACAUAAUACAAUACGAUACAACGACCUUGGAAUAGAAAACACAAAUAACUCCAACAAGCAAAAGUCCAUCAGAUCUAUCGAUCGCGCAUGCUACGUCAAUCAUACCCGCCACAACACGCUUGACCAAAUUCCACAAUGGAUCCUACUAAGAUUCUUUCUUUGCUCGAGCAACUGGAUGACGAUAUUGACGAUAUAGAAGAUACUGUUGCGCCCUUGAUUCAAAAGACUAUCCCAGAAUUUGCGAGCAAGCUGCCUUUAUUGGACAAGGCGAAGCUUUACACUCUUGUCACAUAUGCCAUUGAGUCCAUAUUAUUCUCAUACCUUCGACUGAACGGCGUCAAUGCCCGUGAACAUCCUGUUUUCACCGAGCUUACGCGAAUGAAGCAGUACUUUGAGAAGAUAAAGGUCACAGAGAAUCCCCCCGCAACUGCAGCAGAAAGAAACCUCAAAUUGGACAAAGGGGCCGCUGGAAGAUUCAUCAAAGCAGGACUGAGCGGAAAUGAUAAAUAUGAUCUUCAAAGAGCAGAGCAAUUGGCGAAGGAGAGAGCCAAGUCUCAUAUCAGAUUUGAGGAGUUAUCAAAGAAGAGAAAGGUGGGCGAAGAAGCAACAGAUUCCAAUAAGGCAGAAUCAAAAACCUCAGAUGAAUCUGAUGGUUCCGGUUCGUCUUCCGGCUCUUCCAAUGAACCUGCACCCGCAGCACAUAAAAGCAAAAAGUCCAAGACUGCAAAGGUAGCAGCAACACCGGUCGAGCCAACCGAGGAUAGUUCCUCUAAUUCUAAUUCUAAAUCCAAAAAAACUAAGAGGGAAACCCAGGAGAAGAAGACAAAGAGCAAAUCUAAGAAGGCUAAGAGCAAGAGCAAGAACUAGAAGUAUUUGGUAAAUAGGAUAUGGAUAUGGAUAUGAAAGUCAUCGGAUGUAUGCACAUCUAAAAGGGCGUUUAUGGAAUUGGCGUAGGGAUGAUACCAUGAUUUGUCACGGCAAAAUAGGAUAGCUUUAGGGUUUGAGUUAUUGGGCAAUAAGUAUCUAGAUUUAUGAAGGAAAGAAAUAAUAAAUAUUCUUCUUCCAAGAUUCAAGUUCUGUUGUUCA